CCCACCACCCAUGUGCCCUCCUUCCUGUCUCCACCAGCUCCUGCCGCUCAAUUAUUAGCUUUCUGUUUCCCUUCUCUCCCUCUCUUCUCUUCCCUUCUCCUCUCUGUGUCUAACCCCAACCCAAAACCCUUGUUUUCUACCUUCCUUCUCUGUUUGUAGUUGCUUCUCUCUGCUUCGACGUCGUUUUUUUUUUGGGUUAAUUUUGUAGUUCUCUCUUGGGGAUGUCGAAUUCUGACACUGGAGCAAACAACGGUGGCGGCGUCACCAACGGCGCUUUAAUUGACCCUCAGAGGCAGCAGCCGUCGGGGACCAAUGGAGCUUUGGUUGUGAAAAAGCCGCCUUCUAAGGACCGUCACAGUAAGGUCGAUGGACGUGGGCGGAGAAUCCGCAUGCCGAUCAUCUGUGCCGCACGUGUCUUUCAGUUGACUCGUGAGCUCGGUCAUAAAUCCGACGGCCAGACAAUCGAGUGGCUCCUUCGUCAAGCAGAGCCUUCAAUUAUUGCGGCUACUGGGACGGGAACUACUCCGGCUAGCUUCUCUACUGUUUCUGUGUCGGUAAGGGCGGGAGGAAACUCCAAUUCGCUAUCGUCGAUUUCCUCGUCUACGAAUUCAUCAGUAAUGGACCACAAACCACUGUUGGGGCCCACACCAUUUAUUCUAGGAAAACGGGUGAGGUCGGAGGAUGACAACAAUGGAGGUAAGGACGACGGUGGGGUUUCAGUUGGCCCCACGGUUGGGUCUUUGGUGGGGUCAGCUGGUGCUGGUGCUGCGCCUGGGGGCUUCUGGGCGGUGCCUGCAAGACCUGAUUUCUGGGGGUUCGCUGCUGCAGCACCGCCGGAUAUGGUUGUGCAGCAGGCCGCGGUGGCAGCGCAGCAGCCCUCACUCUUCGUUCAGCAGCAUGCAGCAGCAGCGGCGGCGGCGGCGGCUAUGGGAGAGGCAUCCGCAGCAAGAGUGGGAAAUUACCUACCUGGACAUCUCAAUUUAUUGGCUUCUUUGUCUGGUGGGCCGGGAAGUUCAGGGCGAAGAGAAGAAGAUCCUCGUUGAAAUUGAGCAUGAGAAUGUGAUGAAGACGGUGGUUUCUGUGGCGGUUGUGUUGUAUGGUAUAUAUAUUAAUAGCAUGAGUAUGUGAAUUUGUUGCAUUUUGUUUGUGUGUGAAGAGGAAUGGUGAGCAUGUUACUGAAAUUAGGGUUAACGUCUUUAGGGUUUCUCUUUGUUUUUGGGGAAAAUUCAAGUAUGAUUGAAUGUAUGGAUUCAAUUAGUGAGUAGUUCCGUUUGAAAAUUAAUUAGGUUUUCCUUUUCUAGGGGUUGAAAUUGCUUAGCUUCUUUUCUUUUUUUUUUUUUCCUUUUUGGGAGGGAAAGAGGGAGAAAAAAUUGAUUGAAUUUUCUUAUUAUGGGAAGGAGUUAUGGAGUUGGGUUGAGAAGUUACAGUGCUCAAAAGCAAAGAAUUUGGUUGGUGAAGCAAUUACUUACUGGGGAAAACUUACAAGGUAUCUUUCCCAUGUUGUGGAAUGCUUGAAAAUUCAGGGUUUGAAGCAUCAUUUGAGUGCAAGGACUUGGCAUAUGAUUCUUCCGGGUUGUUGGUCUUGUUGAUGAUUAUAAACGAAACAAACAAAAAACUGGCUAAUUUGCUGUGCUGCAAUCUGGGUUCUUGUAAUCUGAUGAUGAAGAUGAUUAUUUGAUGAUUCAUUCCAUUUGUGAUUCUCCACUGUGGCUACAGAUUGUUUUCUCCUUCUCUCCCAAUUUCAGAGUUUGUGUUGGUGUGUGCUGAUCUCAAAGGAGACUGGUGUGUGGGAUAAAGCUCUGGAGCCUCUCUGUAAGACCUCUGUUUUGAAAUUUUUCUUUUUUUCUUUUUUUACUGGAAUUCUUAGCAAUUUCUGUUGGAACUUUUACCCGUAUUAUUCUUAGUCAUUUCUUAGAUUAAUUAGCGUGGAAAAAGAAAUAAUGUGUGUUCAAUGUACCUACAUAACUGGAUUGUUUCUUGGUUUUUUUUUGGGUUGCUUGCUGUGUGAAUAAGAAACCCAUUUGUUUGCUCA